AUGGCAGUAGCAGCAGCGAAAUGGGUGAUAUCAAACAGAACUAUUUUGAAACAUUUAUUUCCAUUUCAAAAUGGACCUUUAUAUUGUGUUUGUCAAAAAUCCAUGUAUUCUGCUCUUCCAGAUGACUAUAAUUGCAAAGUAGAGCUUGCUUUGACAUCUGAUGGCAGUACUAUAGUUUGCUACCAUCCUUCUGUGGACAUUCCAUAUAAACACACAAAACCUACCCUUUGGCCCGAUCCUGUGCAUAAUCAUGAAGAAACACUAGAUCAACUACUGAAAGCCAGAUUAGAAGAAAAAGAUGAACACUUGGAGCAAGGACCUAUGAUAGAACAACUUAGCAAAAUGUUCUUUACUACCAAGCACCAGUGGUAUCCUCGUGGACAAUAUCAUAGAUGUCAUAAGAAAUUGAAUCCUCCAAAAGACAGAUGA